GCCGACCAUCCCCCUUCAGCCUUCGCCACCUUCUCCUCCGCUUCUUCCAAGUCUAACCAACCACCUUCUACUCCUACUAUGAACUAACUUGAGAUUUAAAAAAAAAAAAAAAAAACAGAGAAAAAAAAAAAGAAAAAAAGAGAAAAGAAAAGGCCUUCACUUUCUUGUUGCCACGUAGACCUCCUCCUCAGAUUGCCACGUCACCACAGUGCACCCCAUAAAAUGUACGGACGUGCCGCUGAAUAUAUAAGCCCCGCCUCAAGAAAGCCCCUCCCAUGUGAAAACCCAAAGCCUUCAUUCAUUUCUCUCUCUUUCUCUUCUAUUUGCCGAAAGAACUUUCAGCCGAAAAAAAAAUCAAUAUUUCCCGAUACAAUCUGAUACAUGGUGAUGGCCGCAGCAACCGAUCGAGCUACUCAUGCUGCUUUGGUGGGGCCAUCGCCGGCGACAAUGGUGUCGGUGCCGAUGACGAUGCCGACUCCGGUGACGGUGAUGCCGGAUGCUUUCGCCAAGGAGGCGAUGCUCGCUUGGUAUCGCGGAGAGUUCGCGGCUUCCAACGCGAUCAUUGACGCUCUCUGCGGCCACCUGAGGCAAUUCCCCGGCGGCAAUGAAAUCUACAAGGGCGUCUUCGAGGCGAUACACCGGCGUAGGGUGAACUGGAUUCCGGUCCUCCAGAUGCAGAAAUACCACACCAUUGCUGACGUCACUAUGGAGCUUUGUCGUGUUGCGCCGGCGAGGGUGUCGGAAGAGGAGCGUGUAGAACAGAAGUGUGGUGGUUAUAAGGUCGCCGGUGAAGCAGAGAAAAAGAGCAACAAGGGAGUGAAUCUGUGUUUGGAGGAAGAGAAAGUUGUGGAAAGUGAUGAAAAUGGAUAUCCAGAUAACGAGGAGGCUGUGGAAGAAAACGAUUCGCUGAACAGUGAGAUCACUGAUACAGGUUCUCAGGAAGUGCAGGCUAAAUCGGAAAAUGAUGAGAUAUGCUCCAAUCAUAAAGAGUGCGAGGCACGUCCGGACCUGAUCAAACUGACGAAAGGCUUCUCAACAAAAGAGAACGUCAAAGGGCAUAUGGUGAAUGUUGUGAAAGGAAUGAAGUUGUUUGAGAAUAUCUUCACGGAGUCGGAGCUUUGCAAAUUGAUUGACUUCGUUAAUGAAUUCAGAACUGCUGGCCAGAAUGGAGAAUUGUCAGGGGAUACGUUUAUAUUAUUCAAUCAGCAGAUGAAGGGAAACAAGAGAGAGCUGCUUCAGUUUGGGAUUCCAAUUUUUGGACAGAUUAAAGAGGAAGGUGACAAUCAAACAAGCAACAUAGAACCAAUUCCAGCCCUUCUUGAAAAUGUCAUUAACCACCUUAUAUUGUGGAAACUCAUUCCGGAGUACAAAAGGCCGAAUGGUUGCAUCAUCAACUUUUUCGAUGAGGAUGAACAUUCGCAUCCAUUCCAAAAACCACCCCAUUUGGAGCAACCCAUCUCUACUUUGCUCCUCUCUGAAUCAACUAUGGCUAUUGGGCGUAGCCUUGUGAGUGAUAAUGAUGGAAACUACAAGGGCCCUCUUAUGCUCUCACUUAAGGGGGGGUCCCUUUUAGUCAUGAGGGGUCACAGCUGUGACAUUGCUAGGCAUGUCAUGUGUGCGUCUCCUAACAAAAGGGUCAGCAUUUCGUUCUUCAAAGUUCGACUAGAAUCAAACCAAUGCCAAGCACCAACGAGUCCUACCUCGGCUAGUGCCAUGACGGUAUGGCAACCAAGCGCAUAUGGAAUGCCAAAUGGUGUUGGCUUCGAGUCCUCCAUGGAUCUGAUGCCCGAGUGGGGAGUCCUCCGUGCUCCGGUUGUCAUGCUGGCCCCGGUGCGCCCAAUGGUGUUGAGUCCUCACAAAAAUCCUUGCAAUGGAAAUGGAACUGGAGUUUUCUUACCUUGGAAUAUGGGUUCACGGAAACCACAAAAACAUCUUCCACCACGGGCACAGAGAGGACGACUUCUUUCAUUGCCAUCCUCGCCCGAGGCUCACGGGGAUGAUAAGUCGACUACUUCCGAAAAAAUCAAUAAUGUCGAUGGAAAGUCGGUGUGAAGAAACGGUUGGUGGCGGCCCUGGGUCCAAUACAAUUAUGUGAUCAGCAGAGGCAUCAUUUAGUACUUAUUCUCGAAGAGUUAGUGUUGUACAAACAAAGAGAGCCCAGGUGCUAUUUAAGAGUCCUUUUGUUUAUUUUUUUUGCUUGUUUGUUUGUUUUUUUCUCCUUAAGCAAGUUUAGUUCUAGUGAUGGUCAUUACACCUUUUGUUGGAUGUCUAUCACUGUAGGGCUUCGAAAGUUGUCGACUCUUGAGCUUCAAGUUUGGGAAAUGUAAAUUAUAUAGCUCAAUUGUAGUAGGGAAGAAUUUUGUCUUUGGUUUCAUAUUAAUCUUUUUCCAUAAGACAGUUUUUUUUUCUUUUUUCUUUUUUCCUGGACAUGAUAAUUUUCCUAGUUUUGCCCAGCGUAUCUGAAUAUUCAUUAGUAAAUCGG